AUGGACCAAGUCGAGGAGAGGCUGUGCGAGGAGGAUAUCUACGACGCCAACUCCCCCGACUACAAAGACGCCCAGAUGACCAUCAAUUCAUGGAGAGAAAUCUCCCAGACGUUGGGCAUGGAUGUGGCGGAGUGCCAACGAAGGUGGAAACUGGUGCGGGACAAAUUUGUGCAUCUCAAAAGAAGAUGGUCGGACGAAGUGGGGAUGCCGGCGACUGACAGAAAGUGUCCAGGUUAUAUUAUAGUCUGUCGUGGUUAUUGCCACACGUGA